CACUUUGGGAUUUACUUGGUAUGUUUGGUUGAUUAGAUUGGCUUUCUAGAUGAUUACUCAUGUUUCUUUUCUCUGUUUCUUGCAGGAUGCCCUAAGGACAUUUUUGUUACGGAAGCUUGAUAAUCUUGUGAAAGAUGACAAAUGUCAAAUAAUGAUGAUAUCUACAUGGGCUACCGAACUGUACCUUGACAAGAUCAAUAGACUACUGCUGGAAGAUGACUCACCAGAGACCCGUAAUUCAGAAUAUCAAUCUAUCAUUAUGGAAUUUCGUGCUUUUCUCAGUGAUAGUAAAGAUGUGUUGGAUGAGGCAACUACAAUGAAGCUACUUGAAAGCUAUGGUAGAGUUGAUSAACUGGUAUAUUUUGCUAGUCUAAAGGAACAACAUGAGAUUGUGGUUCAUCACUACAUUCAGCAAGGAGAAGCAAAGAGGGCUUUGGAUGUACUUCAAAAACCUGGUGUUUCUGUUGAUCUUCAGUAUAAGUUUGCUCCAGAUCUCAUCAUGCUUGAUGCGUAUGAAACUGUUGAGUCCUGGAUGACCAGAAAGGACUUGAAUCCAAGAAAGUUGAUUCCUGCAAUGAUGUCUUAUUCAAGUGAACCUCAUGCAAAGUAAGUGUACUAAUUAAUAAGUGGUGCUACAACAUCAUUAAAUUUCAGUGGCAUCAAAAUUGUAUUAGCUUAAGAAUAUACACAUAUGUUGCCCGUUAAGGUUUAAAAUAGACACCAUCUUAC